AUGGCUGGCUCUCUUCGUCGAGCCGCAUUCAACGCCAUGGCCGCGUGGCUCCUGCUCCUUACAGCAAGCUCCGCGGCUCCACGAGCCACCGCGUUCCACUUGCCGCGGGAUGCGCGCGACGGCGGCGCGUCCGCGCAGUUUCCGCCGCAGUCUCCGCGGCAGCACGACGUGCAGGAUCGAAGUAGCGGCGACGACCGAAGCGGCAGCGCGCUCGAGUCCUCCUACGACCGCGACGCGGCCUUGGAGCUAGAAUCCACCUACGAGGAAGACGACGACGUGGCGCGAGCCGCCGGCGUUGCCACGACGCGUGGCGCGGGCCGUGAUCCCGCGGCGCUCAUUGCCACGUCAGCGGGCUUCGCGUACCCAAUGGCGGCUCCCAUCUACGUGGCCAAGUCGCAACUGCCCGUGAUGAUGAAUCUCAAGGCCACGUGGUCGCUGUACACAAACCCCUCAUCUCCCCACACCUAUCCCUACCCCUCCCCUCUUUGCCCCCAGUGCCCUGCCCUGCCCGUGAUGAUGUCUCUCAAGAACACGUGGUCCAAGUACGCGGACCUGAGCUCGCGCAUGGAGAUGAGCGGGAUGGGUCUGCGAGGCAGUCUGUCGGGGAUCAUCGGCGACCUCACCACGCUGGAAGAGCUGUCAGUCCCACUGUGCCCUUUGUCACCUUCCGCCCUGCUCUCGCUCUCAUUCUCAUUCUCUAUCGCCUUGUGUACUGAGUUCCUACUCCCUGCUGCUGGGCCUACGCGCCAGCUCAUUACCAAGAACUGGUUCACCCACGAGUUUCCCAACAACCUCUCUAAGCUCGUUCGCCUGCAGAACCUGCAAGUAUGGAGCAACUACUUCAACCACACCAUUCCGCCUGGCCUCGGCAACCUGCGCAACCUCUACCAGCUGUGCGCCCCUCCCUCCCUCCAUCUCCCCUCCUCUCUCCUCUUAUUCCCCUUCCUUCCCCUUCCUCUACCAGCCGUAAGCCCUCAUUCCUUUCUUUAUCCUCCUCGCCCCCUAUCCCCUCUUCCUUCUUCCUCUGUAGCCCCUCUCUCUCUGUUUAGAGCUCUAAAUGGCCCUUCUCUCUGCCUCCAGGUACUCCCUGCCUCCUUUCUCAAGUGGCCCCAUCUCCCUCUCUCAUCUCAUGUCCGCAUAUCCCCAUGUAGGCAUCUCAACAUCAACUAUUUCAAGGGUGGUAUCUCAAGCAACCCCAGCUGUGAUCCCUUCUGCCUACCUCCUCCCCUCUCUCUCAUCUCAUGCCCGCCUCUGACCCUCUCUGCCUCCUCCACUCGCUUUCACACCUCAUCUCCCCUCACCCGCAUAUCCCCGAGCAGGCAUCUAAACAUCAACUACUUCAAGGGCGGUAUACCAAACACCUUCUCUCAACUCACCAACCUCUACCGCCUCUUCGUGUCGUCCAACCUCCUAUCCGGCACCUUCCCCAGCGUCAUCUGCACCAUGACCACGCUCCGAGAGCUGCGAAUCAGCGGGAACCACUUUGAGGGUACCAUUCCCCCCUGCAUCAGCCGACUCAAACUGCUCUACUACAUGUACGUGGACACCAACAAGUUCACAGGAAGGCUGCCCGCUUCCAUUGGCACGAUGACCAACCUGCAGAACCUAUUCAUGAGCAGCAAUCCGAAGCUGACUGGCAGGCUGCCGCGCAAUCUGGGCAACAUGUCAUUUCUCCCCAUCACUCUCCCCCCCCCACCUCUCCCACCUACAAACAACCCCCUAACGCCCCUGCCUCCUAAUUCCUCCAUCCCGUCCCACCAUCCCUUCCUCCCAAACCCUCCUGCCUCUGCUCCUCAUCCCCCCCUUCUCCUCUCCUUGCCCAUCCCUACCCAUCCCUGCCCACCCCUGUGCACCCUGUCCAACCACGUCCGCCCCUCCCCGUGCAUGCCUAUCAGGGUGAUGGAGUAUUGCAACUUCUCCGGUCCCAUCCCACCAUCCAUCACCCGCCUCACGCGCUUGCAGCGAGUCUUGCUAGACAAUAACUACUUUCGGGGCAUAGUGCCGGAGAAUCUCAGCAGACUCACAGACAUCACCAUCCUCUACCUGGAGCGCAAUUUCCUCUACGGCACGUUCCCUAAGGGCAUUUCCUCUCUGCCCAAGCUCAGCUACCUGUGA